GCACACACCUUGACAAUCCGUCUGUCGGUCUGCAGCUGUGCUGUGCGACUGCCUGUCUCUGCCAUGCCUCUCUCCCCGUGCCGGCCCCAGAGGGGCUUCAGCACUCGCUCAGCCUGUUGCACUCGCUCAAGGGGCUGUAGCAGUGUUGGCUUCAGCAGCAGGAGCCUUAAUUCCUUUGGGGAGUGCCUGGGGGGCUCUCAUCGGAGCACCUGGGGGUCAGGGGGAAGGCUGGGGGUGCGGUUUGGGGAGCAGAGUGGUGGGCCUGGGCUUUCCCUGUGCCCUCCGGGGGGCAUCCAAAAAGUGACCAUCAACCAGAAUCUGCUGACCCCACUGAAGAUUGAGAUUGACCCCCAGUUCCAGGUGGUGCGGACGCAGGAGACCCAGGAGAUCAGAACCCUCAACAACCAGUUUGCUUCCUUCAUUGACAAGGUGCGGUUCCUGGAGCAGCAGAACAAGGUCCUGGAGACCAAGUGGCACCUGCUGCAGCAGCAGGGGGUGAGUGGCCGCCCGCAGGGCCUGGAGCCUGUCUUUGAGGCCUGCCUGGCUCAGCUCAGGAAGCAGCUGGAGCAGCUCCAGGGAGAACGAGGGGCUCUGGAUGCAGAGCUGAAGGCCUGCCGGGACCAAGAGGAGGAGUAUAAGUCCAAGUACCAGGAGGAGGCCCACAGGCGCGCCACACUUGAAAAUGACUUUGUGGUCCUCAAGAAGGAUGUGGAUGGGGUUUUCCUGAGCAAGAUGGAGUUGGAGGGCAAGCUGGAAACUCUGAGGGAGUACAUCUGCUUCUUGAAGCGUCUGUAUGAAGAAGAGCUGGCCCAGCUCCAGACCCAGGACAGUGACACGUCUGUGGUGCUGUCCAUGGACAACAACCGCUACCUGGACUUCAGCAGCAUCAUCACUGAGGUCCGCGCCCGGUACGAGGAGAUCGCCCGGACCAGCAAGGCUGAGGCUGAGGCCCUGUACCAGACCAAGUACCAGGAGCUUCAGGUGUCUGCCCAGCUUCAUGGGAACAGCAUUCAGGAAACUAAAGUCCAGAUCUCUCAGCUGCGCCAAGAGAUUCAGAGGCUGCAGAGUCAGAUUGAGAACCUCAAGAAGCAGAAUGCCAGCCUGCAGGGCGCCGUCGCUGAUGCCGAGCAGCGUGGGGAGCUGGCCCUCAAGGAUGCUCAGGCCAAGGUGGAUGAGUUGGAGGCCGCUCUGAGGAUGGCCAAGAAGAACUUGGCCCAGCUGCUGCGCGAGUACCAGGAGCUGAUGAGCAUGAAGCUCUCCCUGGAUGUGGAGAUCGCCACGUACCGCAGGCUGCUGGAGAGCGAGGAGUGCAGGAUGUCUGGGGAGUGUCCCAGCCAGGUCACUAUCUCCUCGGUGGGAGGCAGUGCUGUUGUGUCUGGAGGAGUUGGUGGAGGCCUGGGGGGCACCUGUGGACUCGGUGGCGGCAAAGGCAGCUCGGGGUCCCGCUGCACCAGCGUCGUGACUGGAGGCUCCAGCAUCCUCCUGGGCUCUGGGAAGGACCCUGUUUUGGGUUCCCGCUCUGUGUCUGGCUCCAGCUCUGGUUCCAGCUGCCACACCAUCCUGAAGAAGACAGUUGAGUCAAGUCUGAAGACAUCCACCACUUACUGAGUGACCCAGCAGCCACGUCCUUCCUGAAUGCGUUUGGCCUGCUCCCCCCAUCAGCCGGCUCUGCAAGGCCAACUCUGCAUCCACUGCCCACAGCCCAAGCCAGCCCACAGUGGAUGCUGCAAAAAUCAAUAAAAUCUCCCUGCCUG